AUGUAUAUUCCAUCAAAACCAUUUACUUGUCUGGAUGGUUCAUUAACAAUUCCAUAUGAGUUUGUCAACGAUGAUUAUUGUGAUUGUAAAGAUGGUACUGAUGAACCAGGAACAUCCGCUUGUCCAAAUGGACGAUUUUUUUGUGAAAAUAAAGGUUAUGUUGGUUCAUUAAUACCUUCGCAUUUUGUUGGUGAUGGCGUUUGUGAUUGUUGUGAUGGAUCCGAUGAAUAUGAAACCAAAACAGUUUGCAAUAAUACAUGUUUUGAAUUGGCUCAAAAAACUCAAGCUGAACGUGAAGCACAACGCGUAUUACAUGAAGCCGGUGUAGCAAAAAAGAAAGAAAUUAUUUCAAAAUCUAUUGCUAUUAAAUCUGAACGACAAACACAUAUUGAUGAACUUGAACGAGAUUUACAAUCCGUUGAAAAUGAAUUAAAAGAAAAAGAAGAAUUAAAACGACAAGCUGAAAUACCUGAAAAUCAAGCCAAAGAAAAACAUCAGAAAUUAUGGGAUGAACAACGUGCUGUUCGUGAAACAAUUAUACGUAAUUAUCAAAUACGUGAUAUGUUUGCUGAUUUAGAUACAAAUGGAGAUUCAUUAGUAUCCAUCGAUGAACUACAAAAACAUACAGAACUUGAUCUCGAUAAUGAAAAUGAAUUUACAAUUGAAGAAGUUCGAACAAUAUUAGGUAGUGAUUCAGUUACUUUAGAUGAGUUUAAUACAACUGUAUUUGAUCAAAUAUCAAAUUCAUAUAAAAGAUUACCUAAACCUACGACACCAAUACCUGAACCAACAUUAGAUUCUAUUGCAACUCCAUCAUCAUCAGUAGAAACUUCUACUGAUGAAAAAAAUAUGGAAAGUCAUGAUGAAACACCAAUAGCAACAUCACUUGAACAUGAAAAACAUAUUCAUGAUGAUACACCACCUGAAUUUGAUGAUGAAACAAAACAAUUAAUAGCAAUAGCUGAUCAAACUCGAACUGAAUUUGAUCAAGUGCAAGGAAAAGUUCUUGACAUUAAACGUCAAAUAGAAGAUUUAAAAAAACAAGUUAAUAUUGAUGUUGGAGUACAGGGUGAAUAUUCCGCAUUUAUUGAUCAAUGUUUUGAUUAUGAAGAACGUGAAUAUACAUAUAGAGUCUGUAUGUUUAAAGAUGCGAAACAAAUUCCAAAAGGUGGUGGUGGUGAUGUAGCAAUAGGUUUUUGGGAUGCAUGGACUGGUCCAAUUGAAAAUAAAUAUUUAAGAAUGAAAUAUGUCAAUGGUGCUACUUGUUGGAAUGGUCCAGCUCGAUCAUUAACAGUUACAUUUCGAUGUGGUAUUGAACAUAAAAUAAUUGAUGUACGAGAACCAAGUCGUUGUGAAUAUGCUAUGAUAUUUGAAACUCCAUCAGCUUGUGAUGAAAAAAUGGCUGUAACAUCUUCACAUUCUACUCAUACAGAAUUUUAA